AUGCAGCAUUUGGUAUUGAAGGUCCUGUGUUCCACACUGCUGCUUCUAGCUGGGGUGCCCUAUGUGUACUCACAGGCAGAUUGUUCCCAAGCGGAAUCAUGUGACUUGUGCGUUGGAGACUCCAUGCUCAACCUGACAGGCUGCGUCUGGAGGCUUUGUCCAGAUGGUAAUGAUACGGGGGCGUGUCUGACUGAUGAGGGCGACUCAGCAGACACCUCCAGGAACUGCAGCUGGACCAGAGUGUCUGAACUGUGCACAGUUGUAGAGGCAGUGGCUGAGGGAGGAGGCGAAGGUGACUCAGGUGAUGGCAGUGACUCGUCUUCAGAGUUCUCCCAGGCCAAGUUUGACAUGUCCAGUUUCAUCGGCGGCAUCAUCCUGGUGCUGUGCCUGCAGGCGGGCGGCUUCUUCGCCAUGCGUUUCUUCAAAUCCAAAGAGCAGAGCAACUAUGACCCCAUCGAUAGUGCGUUGGUGCAGCAGCAGCCUCCGGUGGCAGGAGUGACCCAUAGCACCCAAUAG